CUUAAGCUUUAACACAAAAACCAAACUCAAACAAAGUCACACCAAGAGCAUUUCCCAAUUUCUCUAAGUAACAAAAGAAUUGUAAUUUCAACAUACCAAAAGACAUGGAGUUGUUCUAUGUCUCUCUUCUUUGCCUCUUUAUUCUUUUAGUCUCCCUCUCCUUUCUCUUUCUCUUCAACAAUAAUAAGAAUAAAUCCACCUUCUCCGGCGGCCAACUUCCUCCGGGCAACUCCGGCUGGGCGGUGAUCGGAGAAAGCCUCGAGUUUCUCUCCACUGGUUGGAAAGGUCAUCCUGAAAAAUUUAUUUUUGAUAGAAUUUCUAAGUACUCUUCCAAUGUGUUUAAAACUCAUCUUUUAGGUGAAAAAACAGUUGUUUUUUGUGGUGCCUCUGGCAAUAAAUUCUUAUUUUCCAAUGAAAAUAAAUUAGUCCAACCAUGGUGGCCAAGUUCAGUAGACAAAAUAUUCCCAUCUUCAACACAAACUUCUUCAAAAGAAGAAGCUAUUAAAAUGAGAAAAAUGCUUCCUAAUUUCCUUAAACCCGAGGCAUUACAACGUUACAUUGGAAUCAUGGAUCAUAUCGCGCAACGCCAUUUUAAAUCAUGGGAAAAUCAAGAACAAGUUAUCGUUUUUCCAUUAGCAAAACUUUACACAUUUUGGUUAGCAUGUCGAUUAUUUAUAAGUGUGGAAGAUCCUAAUCAUGUCGCCAAACUUGCUGAUCCUUUCGAUGUUUUGGCUUCGGGUUUAAUUUCUAUUCCUAUAGAUUUGCCUGGUACGCCAUUUAAUCGUGCAAUUAAGGCCUCGAAUUUUAUUAGAAAGGAACUUGUGCAAAUUAUAAAGCAAAGGAAGAUUGAUUUGGCUGAGGGAAAAGUAUUGCCAAAUCAAGAUAUAUUGUCACAUAUGUUAUUGACAAGUGAUGAAAAUGGAAUGUUUAUGCAUGAAUUGGAUAUUGCUGAUAAAAUAUUAGGGUUGUUGAUUGGUGGACAUGACACUGCUAGUUCUGCUUGUGCUUUUAUUGUCAAGUAUCUUGCUGAGCUUCCUGAGAUCUAUGAAGGAGUUUACAAAGAACAAAUGGAGAUUGCAAAAUCAAAGGUUCAAGGAGAAUUAUUGAAUUGGGAAGACAUUCAAAAGAUGAGAUAUUCAUGGAAUGUGGCCUGUGAAGUUUUAAGACUUGCUCCACCCCUCCAAGGUGCUUUUAGGGAAGCCCUCGCUGACUUCACUUUCAACGGUUUCUCCAUUCCAAAAGGAUGGAAGAUAUACUGGAGUGCAAAUUCUACACACAGAAAUCCAGAAGUAUUUCCAGAACCUCUGAAAUUCGACCCUUCAAGAUUUGAAGGAAGAGGACCUGCACCAUACACAUUUGUACCCUUUGGAGGUGGACCUAGGAUGUGCCCUGGAAAAGAGUAUGCUCGUUUAGAAAUACUUGUUUUUAUGCACCAUCUUGUUAAGAGGUUUAAGUGGGAAAAAAUCAUUCCCGACGAGAAGAUCGUCGUCAAUCCGAUGCCGAUUCCGGCGAAGGGACUUCCGGUCAAGCUCUAUCCUCACAACAAGGCAUGAUAAACAAGAUUGCCAGAAUAUAACUUUGCUUUUAUACAUAGUUGUUUCUCCUUAUGUUUAUUGGUUUUGUCACUUGUUUACAUACUUCUAAAUAUGUGUCUCAUAUAUAUUUAAUGUUGUAUUCCAUGAAUUGCAUAAUAAGAAGGUUAUGAAAUCAUUUCUCUA